AUGGAUGGAUUCGGUUACGCCCACCUGCUACCCAAAGAGCCACAAACUGCUCGUCUAUCGCCUGACGCUCGCGCCUCGAGUCGCGAACCGUCAUUGCACUCGCAGGAAGACCCCGAUCGAGCGGCCUCUCACGGUUCCAUUUCGGCACCACAAAAGACCAGGACGGCAAAGCGUCGGGAAUCAAUCAGAGGCUUGUUGCGGCGAGAUGGGUUUCUAGGCGAGGCAAGGGAACUAUAUGUACCUCACUACUCCUCGGCUGCCAGCUCGCGCGCGAGUUCAACAAUGAGUUCAGCGCCCAUUCCUUUGCGCCAAACCGUUACCAACUCGGAACCGCCAAAAGACGAUACGCAAAGCGGCCCAUUCGAGCUGCGACAUGGUCGACGUUACCUACGGGAUGCGGCAUAUCCCCUGCCCGUGGACUUGGCCGAAUUGACCCGCCAAACAUUACGAACUCUGCUCGCCGUGCAGGCUUUUGGAAAGCCGAUUUGCUCUCCCGUCUUCGCGGAGGACAUUCCACAGAGGAUACUCGAGAUUGGAUGUGGAAGCGGCUUCUGGAGUGCCACUUGCCACGAUCAUUAUGCGGCGCUCGGUCAUGAUAACAUCGAGUUCGUCGGAAUGGACAUUGCGCCGCUUGCACCAGAUCUCCGAAAACAAGGAGUCAAUUGGAAAUUUGUACAGCAUGACAUUCGUGUUGUUCCGUGGCCCUUUGAGGAAAAUUCUUUCGACUUGAUCAUGGCCAAGGAUCUGAGUUUGGUCAUGCCAUUGGCGCUGGAGACGGAGAAUAUUCUGGCCGCGAUCAUCAAUUACAUACGCCCAGGUGGUGUGCUUGAGGUCUGGGAUGGCGAUCAUGUUAUACGCUCGUUACAUCCCAACACGCCCGUGGCGUCUCGGAAGAAGCCACAAGAACAAUUCAUUGCGGAACAAACCGCAACAUUCUCAAUCCCGCCUGGACAUCCGUUCUUGCCCACGCAAAGCAAACACCUGCAACAAGCCAACGCAUGGAUUAUGCAAUCUCUUUUCGCGCGUGAUUUACAUCCUGUGCCAUGUGUGAGGAUUGCCGAGAUCAUGUUGACGGACGAUAAGCUAGGAGGGUUUGGUAAUCGCCGCGUUGCGGUACCUCUUGGUGGUCUCAAAGAGGAGCGCGGUCAAUGGGAAGGGUGGAAGGACCAGAGAAGCAUGUCCAGCACCAGUGGACGUAGUACCCCAAGCAGUCAGAGCAUACGCAGCGGUCGGGAGUCGCCUGCCCCAAGCCUGCAAAUUGCUCGGAGUGGUCACGACUCGCCCAUGUCAACCUCAUCGAUGGAUCCCCUCAAGGUCGCUCAGAAACCCUUGACUCCGGACCAGGCCGCCCUACGGCAGACGGCACUCAUAACUGUGCUUCAAUUUAUUCAAAGCAUGGAGCCACUGCUUAGGGAAGUAAGCGGAAAGACCUCGGAUGAGUGGACCACCUGGUGUAGUGGCAUGAUGACCGAAUUGCUGGAUCCUUCACAGGCUGGACUAAGUGGCGAAUGUUUGGAGCUCGGCGCGUGGUGGACGCAUAGGUUGCCACUAACGAGCUGA